AUGGCGUCUGCCGUGCGGCUGUUGCGACAUCGCUCUCGCGAAGCAGACUCCGUAAUUCUUCGAUUAACAUGUAACUACACGUCCGCUCGCGCCUAUGCCACAGGCGCCGCACCCGCCUUCCCCGACACCCGCCGUUCGUUCCCCCCUCCAUCUGCGAUCCGCGCAGCAUGUCCGCUUGCACCCGCCCCGUGCGCCGAUCCUUCCGCCUCUUCCGCCCCAGCGUCUCCUUCCCCUCUUCCGCUUCGUCCGCCUUCCUCGUCUCCGCAAUCUCCCCCGCAUUUCCACAACUCCGCCAUCCAGCGGUCUGCUUUCACCGCGGUUGGGGCAGAAGAUCCGCGGAAAGCGCAGAAUUCGGGAAACACGCGGGGAUACGGCGGGGGUCGGGGGAACGGGGAAGGCGGAGGGUCGGGGGGAAAGCGCUGGGGGAACCGCCGCGGAGGGGCGUGGGCUGGUGCAGGCGGAGCUCUUUUUGCAGGGGUGGCGGCAGUAGGGGUAGCUUGGGCGGAGAGGGGGAAAGAAGGGAGAGUAGGGGGAGAAAAGGGGGAAGAGGGGGAAGAGGGGGAAGAGGGGGAGGAGGAAGGGGAGUUGGUGUCGAAUUGGAGUGGUACUCAUGAGGUUCGCGCGGCUGUGGUGUACCGACCAGAAUCCAUGCAGGACCUGGAGCGGAUCGUUCAGGCAGCCCACAGGGAGGGCCGCCCCAUCCGCCCUGUGGGGAGCGCCAUCUCCCCCAACGGCAUCGCUCUGAGCGCCCACGGCAUGGUCAACCUGGCCUUGAUGGAUCGAGUUCUGCAUGUGGAUAAGGCCACGGGGAGGGUGCACGUGCAGGCAGGGGCGCGCGUGGAGCAGGUGGUGGAGGCUUUAAGGCCGUAUGGAUUGACGCUGCAGAACUACGCUUCGGUCAGGGAGCAGCAGAUUGGCGGGUUUAUACAGGUGGGAGCACACGGCACAGGGGCCGGCAUCCCUCCAGUGGACGAGCAAGUCGUGGCCAUUAAGCUAGUGACACCUGGCAGGGGCACGCUGCACCUGACGCCCGAAGCUGACCCGGACCUGUUCUUCCUGGCUCGGUGCGGGCUCGGAGCACUAGGGGUGGUGGGGGAGGUGGAGUUGCAAGCAGUGCCGGCGCACAGACUAAGGGAGGAGACGUUUGUUACUACUAAGGAGGAGAUCAAGAGGCACCAUGGCCAGUGGUUGAGAGACUACCAGCACGUGCGCUACAUGUGGAUUCCACACACACAAGCAGUCGUGGUGGUCAGGAGCAACCCCAUUCAGGACACCAGCAGUGGGGGACCAGCAGUGCAAGGAGAGGAGCGGGCGCAAGGCAAGGGAUUUGCCAGUGGGGGGGCAGCGUGGAGUGAGGAUGAGAAGCUGGCUCAUGUACGAGCGCUGUAUCUUGCAUCAGUUGCUGCAAGGAGAAGCUCCAAACCAUCUCGGUCUCAGCCCCACCCACCCUCCUCCUCCUCCCCCUCCUCAGCCUCCACCUUAACUACCACCGAAGCAGCUGCUGGCAUGUGGUCCGGCACAGGUUCGGCCGAGCCUGCGCCGUCUAGCCAGCGCUUCCUAUCCGAAGCUGAGCUUCGGGAGCUGUCUUUUACGAGGCUGAGGGACGAGCUGCUGGCGCUAGAUCCAUUGAAUCUGGACCAUGUGCGGGCGAUCAACCAGGCCGAGGCGCUGUACUGGAAGCUGAGUGAAGGGGAGAGGGAAGGGUGGAGCGACCAGAUACUAGGCUUUGACUGUGGUGGGCAGCAGUGGGUGUCUGAAGUAUGCUUCAAGGCAGGCGGCAGCAGCAGCACCACCACCAACAGCACGGCCGCCACAAGCACCAGCACCACCACCACCACCAGCACCGCCGCCGCCAGCAGCAGCAGCAGCAGCACAGCGGACAUAGCGUUUAUGGAGGAGCUAUUGGCGCUGAUCGAGUCAGAGUGCAUCCCCGCCCCGGCGCCCAUAGAGCAGCGCUGGACCAGCGGCAGUCGCAGCCCUCUCAGCCCCACUUCCGGUGCUUAUAAUGCUUCUAAUGCUGCAGCAGCAGCUGCUGCAGGUUCGGCAGCAGGCUCGGGGGCACAAGGAAGAGCGGCACUCGAUGAUGUGUACUCAUGGGUAUGUGGCACAGCUGCUGACAUUGAUUUAAGCAUGUGGCUGAGCUGA